UGAUGUUUGUGCUCCGCUCGGUAGAGUUGUGUACAGAGGGAGAAGAGGGGACUGAUUGCUAGCUAACUAUUAAAGAAACGGGAUUGAACGUGGAAACAUUUCACACGGUGGGCUUCCUUUCCUAAAAGUGUACAUUGGAUACCUGUUUGUGACGAAGAGGCCUGGACCGGCCGUUUUCAAACAGAACCAACAUACAUUUACGCUUGUAUUGUAGCUAACCAUCGCGCCGUGUAGCCACAGCACAACACAGCAGCGCCAGUCGGAGCCCGUCUCCAAAACAAGAAUGGGGUCUAGGUCCACAGCACGGUUUAGGUAAAGUGACCUUUGGUUGUGUUUUCUAAAUGGCAAAUUUCACGAAUUACCAAGAAAGCAAAGCGGCUAUGUUGUUAGUGGAGACGCAACAGAGGGGCAUCGGGACGAAACCAGCGGCAGCCAAUGAUGGAGACACCUCGGUCGGGGAACCCCCUUCCCCGUUAUUGAAUAUCGGUGGCGUCGGGGCCAGCGGAGCUCGUUUCCAUCAGCACUUGCCGCCCUCCAGCCACCAUCACUACCCCCAGAGCUCGCUGCCCAAAGGACAACAACACCCGCUGUCGCACCACUACCAGGCGGCGACGGAGCAUCAUCUCUCUGUUGAAAACAUCACGGAGUCCCCGGUAAGGAAAGCCUCGUCAUCGUCUUUGAACCUGGUACAGCAGGACCCCGCUGCUAGCCACCACGCACUCGCUGCGUCGGUAAACGCGGCGUCGGCCGCGAUACAACUAGCCGCGAAUGCUAAUGUUAGCGUGGCUACCUCAGAAGGUGUAGUGGACGACAUUCAGAAGUGUGGCUAUCUGCGGAAACAGAAACACGGCCACAAGAGGUUUUUCGUGCUGAGGGCGGCCAGCCACCUAGGCCUCAGUCGGUUGGAGUACUAUGACAGCGAGAAAAAAUUCCGUAACAGUCUGCGGUCUGCUGCUGCGGCAGCUGCAAACGGUACGGUCGCCCCUUCUCCCCCGAAAAGGGUGAUCUAUCUGUAUCAGUGCUUCACUGUCAACAAACGAGCAGAUUCCAAAAACAAACACCUCAUAGCCCUCUACACUAAGGAUGAAUACUUUGCUAUUGUAGCUGAAAACGAGCAGGAACAAGAUGACUGGUAUGUAGCGCUGAGUGAACUGAUGAGUGAGGGGAAAAAGGGGCAUCUAGACUCGGACGAGUUGGAUGAUGGCUACGGUACCGUCACACCAGGUACGGUUUUCAAAGAGGUGUGGCAGGUGAACGUGAAACCCAAAGGGCUGGGUCAGACCAAGAACCUCACAGGUGUGUAUCGUUUAUGCCUCUCUACUAAAACUAUCCACCUGGUCAAACUAAACUCUGAGACGCCAUGUGUCAACCUUCAGCUGAUGAACAUCAGACGCUGUGGACACUCAGAAAGCUUCUUCUUCAUGGAGGUGGGUCGGUCAUCCUCUAUAGGCCCUGGGGAGAUAUGGAUGCAGGUAGAUGACUCUGUAGUGGCUCAGAACAUGCAUGAGACCAUCCUGGAGACCAUGAAGGCUCUGAAGGCCUUUGCUGAGAUCCGCCCCAGGAGCAAGAGCCAAUCUUCUGGCUCCAACCCCAUCGCUUUUAUCACCACCCGCCGUCACCUAGGUAACCUGCCUCCGAGCCAGACAGGUCUCCAGCGCCGCUCCAGGACUGAGUCGGUGGUUGGGACGCCGCCGUCGAGUAAGAGCUCUGGCGCCAGCGGCUAUCGCUUCCGAACAUCGAGCGAGGGUGAGGGGACGAUGAACCGGCCAUUCCGAUCCGUUACCGGCAGCCUGAUCCACCUGAACACUGCCCGGAUACACCUGGGGCGCCAGGAGGGCGGGGUAGGGGCAGGGAAUACCGGGAGCACCGGGGUUGUAGGGCGCUACGCCAGGGCACUACCAGGGUCCACCUACCACGCCCGCUCCGCCUCGCUCCCAGUCUCCCACUUUCCCUCCACCACCUCCCCUGUCAGCGUGUCCAGCAGCAGCGGGCAUGGCUCCGUCUCCGAUACCCUUACCCGGCCCUCCUCAGCGUCCAUCUGUGGUUCCCCCUCCGACGGAGGCUUCAACUCCUCAGACGAGUACGGCUCCAGCCCUGGGGACUUCCGCUACUUCAGGGUCCGGAGCAACACUCCUGAUUCCCUUGGCAACACCCCACCAAUCAGAGAAGAGAACUGCAUGAGCGACUACAUGGCCAUGGGCUGGCACCGUGAGGUGUUUGGAGCCGCCAGCGGUGGAGGGAGUAGCUCUGGCAGUGCGGAGACGCCCAACCGGGACGAGAGCACGUCGACGGAUGACGACAGGUCCCUGAGGAGACGUACCCACUCGUUCACGCGGCCCGGGGGUCAGGGGGGUGUUGCCGGCGGCAGCAGUGGUGUGACGGUGUACCAGAAGAUGACCCAGACCACCUUCUCGCUGGACGAGUCGGUGUCCGUGGGAGAGGCCCUGUCUCUCGGCCGCACCGACAGCAUCACCCAGCCUUCCUCCUCUUCUUCUUCCCUCCGCUCUGACUACAGCUCCUGCUCCGAGCACAGCCAGGGCCGACCCCCUCCUUUUUCGGCCAAGGAGGACAGCGGCUACAUGCCCAUGUUGUGUGGGGUGGCAGCCUCACCCUGUGACGCACCGGACUACAUGCCUAUGCAACCCAGCUCCCCCUCUCUUCACCACCACCAUCCCCAGCACUCCCACUCUCCCCAGGCCCCCCGCUCAGCCCAACAGCACACAGACCCCGUGGCUACAUGA